CCGGAAGUAGCGUCACUCUGGGGAGCCGCGGAUCCGGCUUGCCAGGCCUCCUUGGAGGCGCUUUGCGGAAAGCAUGUCUCACCUGCCGAUGAAACUGCUGCGCAGGAAGAUCGAGAAGCGGAACCUGAAGCUGCGGCAGCGGAACCUGAAGCUCCAAGGGGCCUUGAAUGUGAGCCUAUCAGAAACUCAAAAUGGAGAUGCAUCUGAAGAAACAGUAGAAGUAAAAAAACUUAAAAAAUCUUUAAAACAGUCUGUAAAUCCGGACUUGUCAGAAACCCAAAAUGGACACGGACCUAAGGAAACAGUGAAAAAAGUGAAAGUUAAAAAGCCCCUAAAACAGCCUGUGAGUGUGGAUUUGUCAGAAGCCCAAAAUGGCCCUGUAUCUAAAGAGACUGUGGAAACCGUGAAAGUUAAGAAAUCUACCAAAUUAACCAGUGGGGAAAUAUUGACUAAUGGAGAAGUAGCAACACAGUCUCCCAAUACAGAGGCAAAGAAGAGGAAGAAGAAGAAGAGAAAAGUAACGGAUGAUGCUGGUCCUGAUGGCAAAAAAACAAAAAUUGAAAACAAAAAGGAAUCUGAAGAAGGUGCCCAGGGUCCUAAAGAAUCAGAAGGUGGUGUGGAGAAGACGGGUGAGGACGAAGAUGACAGUGAAGUGCCCCGCCUGCCUCUGGGAGUGACAGGAGCUUUUGAGGAUACUUCAUUCACGUCUCUAAGUAACCUUGUCAAUGAGAAUACUUUAAAAGCGAUAAAAGAAAUGGGCUUUACAAACAUGACUGAAAUUCAGCAUAAAAGCAUCAGACCCCUUCUGGAAGGCAGGGAUCUUUUAGCAGCUGCAAAAACAGGCAGUGGCAAAACCCUGGCAUUUCUUAUCCCUGCAGUUGAACUUAUUGUUAAAUUAAAGUUCAUGCCCAGGAAUGGAACAGGGGUCCUUAUUCUCUCGCCUACGAGGGAACUGGCCAUGCAGACUUUCGGUGUUCUUAAGGAGCUCAUGACACACCAUGUUCACACAUACGGAUUAAUAAUGGGUGGCAGUAACAGGUCUGCCGAGGCACAGAAACUUGGUAAUGGAAUCAAUAUUAUUGUGGCCACGCCCGGCCGCCUCCUGGACCAUAUGCAGAAUACCCCAGGGUUUAUGUAUAAAAACCUACAGUGUUUAGUUAUUGAUGAGGCUGAUCGUAUCUUGGAUGUUGGAUUUGAAGAAGAAUUAAAGCAAAUUAUUAAACUUCUGCCAACACGCAGACAGACCAUGCUCUUUUCUGCCACACAAACUCGAAAGGUUGAAGACCUGGCCAGGAUUUCACUGAAAAAGGAGCCACUGUAUGUUGGUGUUGAUGAUGAUAAAACUAAUGCCACUGUGGACGGUCUUGAACAGGGCUAUGUUGUUUGUCCUUCCGAAAAGAGAUUCCUUCUACUUUUUACUUUCCUUAAGAAGAACCGAAAAAAGAAAUUAAUGGUCUUCUUUUCGUCCUGUAAAUCUGUGAAGUACCACUAUGAGUUGCUGAACUACAUCGAUCUGCCUGUCUUGGCCAUACAUGGAAAGCAAAAGCAAAAUAAGCGAACAACCACUUUCUUCCAGUUUUGCAAUGCAGACUCAGGAAUACUGUUAUGUACAGAUGUGGCUGCUAGAGGGCUAGAUAUUCCUGAAGUUGACUGGAUUGUUCAGUAUGACCCUCCAGAUGACCCCAAGGAAUAUAUUCAUCGUGUGGGUAGAACAGCUCGAGGCCUAGAUGGAAGGGGACACGCCUUGCUCAUUCUGCGCCCUGAAGAACUGGGUUUCCUUCGUUACCUGAAGCAAUCCAAGGUUCCAUUAAGUGAAUUUGAGUUUUCCUGGUCAAAAAUUUCUGACAUUCAGUCUCAGCUUGAGAAAUUGAUUGAAAAGAACUAUUUCCUUCACAAAUCAGCCCAGGAAGCAUAUAAGUCAUACAUUCGAGCCUAUGAUUCCCAUUCUCUGAAACAGAUCUUUAAUGUUAAUAACUUAAACUUGCCUCAAGUUGCUCUGUCAUUUGGAUUCAAAGUGCCUCCGUUUGUUGAUCUGAAUGUGAACACCAAUGAAGAUAAGCAGAGAAAGAGAGGAGGAGGUGGUGGAUUCGGAUACCAGAAAACCAAGAAAGUUGAAAAGUCCAAGAUCUUCAAACAUAUUAGCAAGAAGUCGUCCGACAGCAGGCAGUUCUCUCACUGACUCCUUUCCUCGUGGCUAGACAUGGCCUCAAGUGAACUUUGUUCAUUUUAAAAGGAAUUUUGUAGCUUUGAGGUUUGUACUGACAUAAAAGGAGUAUAAAUUGAUUUUAGUCGCAAACCCUGAACAUUUUUUUCAUCUGGGGAAUAUAAAAUAGUUUAUCUGAUUUUUAUUGCCUAAGGACAAAGCAAGGGCUCUCUCUGGUCUUUAAGCUUAAACUUUCUUUUUUCUUGUCAAAAAAGCAUUGUUUUAAUGUAAAAAAGACAGAUGACCUCAUACACUGGACAAGUGGUAGUGUUAAUGUGGAAAAUCUUCUCUGUGUUCUUUUGGUUCGAGUUGUUUCUUGGAUGUUACAGAAUUGAUUUAAAAAGACAGCCUUGGGAAGUGCCUGAGAGAAGCCCCUUGGAAACUGAAAGUAGCAUUCAUUGAUUUUUUUUUUUUAAGCAGAAAAUAUGUGAUAUCUGUCCCUGUUUGAAUAAAGUACCUCAACAGUUCUAAUGUGGAGUGUGGAUGAUACAGCUGGAAUUAACAGAACUUCAGUUAUACUGAAGUAUAUCAGAUGUACUCCGUUUGGUUACUCAACAAAGACUUAAAAAUUUAGAUGCAAAAUGAGAGACACUCGUGCAAAUUUGUCCAUUUCUAGUGGUUUGGAUUUUGGUAAGGCUUCUAACUCUGGAGAGUACUUAGAACAUAAAGAAAUCACAAUAGAUGAAAAACCAACCAUUGGACAGUGUAAACUGCCUCUAGCAGAUCCAUGAAACAAAAAUAGAUUUGUGGUGAUAAUUAAAAAUGAAGAGUAAUAAAGACAAAACGUUAGCAAAAAGUGUUUUUUGUUUUUUUUUUUUGCCUCCAGGGUUAUCGCUGGGGCUCAGUCUCUGCACUAUGAAUCCACUGCUCCUGGAGGCUAUUUUUUUUUCCCUUGUGUUGAAAUUACUGUUGUUGGAUAGGACAGAGAAAUCAAGAGAGAUGGGGAAUAGACACCUGCAGACCUGCUUCACUGCUUGUGAAGCGACCCCCCUACAGAUGGGGAGCCGGGGGCUCGAACCAAGAUCCUUGUGCUGGUCCUUGGCUCUUCAUGCCAUGUGCACUUAACCCUCUGCACUACCACCCGCCCCCUUCCCCCUUUUUUUU